AUGUCAGAGGACUACGACAUCUACAAGGAAGGAGGGCUGCUUCGUGGGCGGUAUAAGAAGCUAGACGACAUUAGCGAAGGAUCUUACGGCUACGUAUCGUUGGCAAAUGAUACCAAAACCAAGAAACUGGUGGCAGUUAAGUACAUUUUCAAGAGCGACAGCAACGAUUCCCCACACAGCUCAAAGAAUGGCUCUCUAGAUUCUGAAGAGGAUGAAAAGCUCAAUCAGCUUAAAAAGCACCAGAAAUCUAUGAUCUCAGAAAAAGUGCGCUCAAGGUUGUCGAAAAACGUUUGUUUUGAAGCCCUAUACGAGGUAGAUAUUCACACCAAAGUCGGCAAACACAAGAAUAUCACCGAACUAUUCGACUUCUUCGAUUCUUUCAUCAUAAUGGAAUAUUGUUCCGGAGGCGAUCUAUACGAAGCCAUUCGAGCUGAUUUGGUUCCCAAGAAGACCAAAAUGAUCACUCAUAUUGCAUCUCAAAUUAUGGAGGCUAUCGACUUUGUCCACCAAAAAGGAAUUUACCACAGAGACGUCAAACCUGAGAACAUUCUCAUUGAAGGGUCUGAUUGGACAAUCAAACUUACCGACUGGGGUUUGGCCACAACUGAGGAGACUUCUUCCGAUAGGAGUGUGGGAAGCGAAAGGUAUAUGUCCCCGGAGCUUUUUGAAGACAAUCUAGAUCGCGACGAGGGGUCCGAGCCCUACGUAUGCAGCAAAGUUGACAUAUGGGCAAUUGGUAUUGUUAUGCUCAACCUCGUAUUUCAUAAAAAUCCCUUUAGUGUUGCCAACCAAACUGACAAGUCAUUUUGCUAUUUCGCAGCUAACAGAGAAGCCCUGUUCGAUAUUUUCUCCACAAUGUCGUUUGACUUCUUCCAAGUUCUGAGACAUAGUUUGACCAUAGAUCCCUCUAAUAGGGAUCUGUCCAGCAUGAAAAGGGAGCUCCUACAACUAGGUGAAUACACUCUAGAUGACGACUACUACAAUUCCCUAACGGACGAUGGUUACUCACCCACAAAGUUGAGAGAAGACAGUACUACACCAAUGUCUACCUCGACUACUCCAAUCACCGUAACUGGUGGCACGGAAGUCAACGUUCCUCAGAUUUCCGUUGAAGAAAUCACACCCGCUGCCUCCAUCAAUGAAAAACCUAGGGAAAAAGAGCCCGUUCCUAAAUUUACUUUUACGAAACGUAGCCAUCCUCAGCGCGACAGCGGUCACAAACGGGCCAACCCAAUCAAAAUCGAUGGCUCAGAUGUUCUCAAAAACAGUCGUAAACCUUUGGCCAUACCCACCCCGAAUACUCACAUCAACAACUUUUUCCAGGAGUAUCACGCAAAGGAGAAUGACGACUUCAAUACGCGGGACUUCUUCACUCCACCAAGCGUACACAAUAGGUACAUGGAAGGAAUAUUCAGCACUGUUGGAACCAAAAAUCGAGGACAUAAGAAUCGAAGGCCUAGCUCUAAUAGCAAUCAAAAGUCCACUCCAAAGGCCAACGGUAGCCAUUUAUCGGCAUCUUAUGGUCGACGUGGGUCCACAAUCUCUCAAACCUCUCCCUCUGGCAAAUACAUUCCGCCUCACUCCCGGCCCAGCUCCUUGCACAACGGAUCUCCAAAUAUUCCAACAAUUACUUCUGUGUUAGGUGGUGACAAAGAUAGCACAAACGUGCUGACAAAGAACACGUAUCAUGAGCAGCACGCUAUGACCGUCGAUAACAACGAAAAUGACCUGGAUGAUGUUCUUUUCACUUUAGAAGAAAAUGACAUCGAUAGCUUCACCAAUGACUUGGAUGGGCUAUUGAUAAGCAACGAAACAUUGAAGAAACCUUUAAGUGGUAUUGUAACUGUCGAGGCUCCUGCGAGCGGGAGCGCAGGCGACUUCCCCGAUUUACUGAAAUCACCAGUGUUGAAAGAUGCAAGCUUGAAAGAAAGCGGGACCAACACCUUUUUUGAAGAGCUUCGCCAACAAGCGCCUGUACCCAGUUCUUCAUAUAAACACAAACCAGGUGUUUACGUUCCUCCUCAUCAUAGAAAAAGUUUCAACGGCGGAAUGGGUGGCAAUCAACAAUUGACUCCCCAGGGCGGGGAAACCACGCUGUCCGUUGGUCGCAAUUCCAUUAGCUACGGUGGGUUCAAUACGAGACGCCGAAGCUCUCAAGCUUUGCAUAGUGACAAAGCUAGUUUGCAUGGCAGGUCCUUCAUGGCUCGAAAUCACGGCCAGGCCACAACAGAAGUCCAAAGUAGUGAUAUUUUUGCUGACUCAAAUGCUGUGGUUUUCGAGGAUGACGAGGUCUCCUCUUCCCCAUUUGCAUCCCACAAUAAUUUUCAACCCACCAGUUACAAUUCCUUCAAAAGUGCUCGGACUGGUAGAAAAUCCAGCUCGAUCCAGGAUGAAUUGAUCGGAUCUCUCGAACAGUAUAAGAACAACUGGUUAAUGUUACAACAACAAGAUUGA